UUUGAUCAGGUAUGUUGUAUAUUCACCCAGUAAGUAUGUAUAGUUGGGAAUGAGCAUUUACUUAAAAUGAAAUUGUAUGUGAAAAAGGCUGGUAGCGUCAGGUGUGGGAAGAUUGGACAAUUUCAUCCAGAGAUGUUUAAGGUACCUGUAAGGUACCUGUGAUUUAUUAGGUUGAUUUGUUGCGUAGUUGUCUACCUGUAGUGAAUCAUGGUCACCUUCUACUUGUUCAUAGGAUAACUUCCACACUGUUGGAGGGGCAUUAAAAGGCAAGGGGGAAGUUUUUAAACAAUUUGCUCGUGCUAGCUCUAAGGUUUGUUUGCUACUUUGUUAAUUAAUGCAUCAUAUGUAUGUGCCAUUGUUUCUUUUGGUCAUUGGGGGGUUGUAAUAUAUGACCCGUUUGAUGAUGCUCCCCAGGCACCUAACUUGACAUGCCGUAUAGAGUAAUUUGGUAGAAUUUGUCAAAAGUUUGAUGGAAGGCGUUAGAGGUGGGUAACAGAAAUGGGAUUUGGUGGUUUACUGCAUCUUGCCUCGUCCGGCAUGCAAUUACCCAGGCAAUUGGCAUAUUGGUUGUUGACUCGUGUUGAUCCAGUUAGUAAAAUUUUGAUAUCUCCAGAUGGUAAGGAAUUUAGUCUGUCUCCUAAUCAAGUGUAUUGGGUUUUGGGAAUUCCUAAUGGUGGGAAGACAGUCCCUACAAAGAAGAAUAUGACAUCAAAAUUAAAAUAUAAGGUUGAAGCAAUAUUGAAUAAGUAUUGGCAGUCGUGGGAAACUACGUGUAAUGGUUAUGAGGGUAAGGUUUAUACUAGUAAGGGUAUAUCUGUGAAUCCUAGGCUGAUGGAAAGAUUAGAUGGUGAGUGGAUGGAGUGGGAGGAAGUUGAAUUCAAGACUCUAUUUCUAUUAUUGUCCCUCCACAUGGUAUUAUGUGCAACCCACUCACCUAAACUUUCAGCCGAUCUUGUUCCUGCGUUGACAUGUGCACAUGAUUGCAUGGAUUAUGAUUGGUGUGGGUUGGUGGUGUCGAAGUUACUAGGAAGUGUAUCAUCCUUUGCGCGUAAGUUUUAUGCUAAUGGUUAUGUUGGAGGAUCUGGAGGCUGCUUGUUAUUCAUUGUGAUUAUGUACUUGGACAGGCUGAAUAGGGUGCCGCUAAGAUGGGGUGUAUUUCGCAGGAUCAAAGUCUGGAAUAUGAAGGAAAUUGGGUCAGUUUCAAGGCUUGAUCGUCACUCCAUUGAUGGUGACUUUGGUAAAAUGGGGGUGAGUGUAGCCCUGAAGCAUGUUUUGUUAGGGGUUUUUAAAGGAUUUUUAUGCUCUUACAUAAGUAUGCUUAUUAUGUACAUAUUUCAGAUGAUUGAUGUUGCAUAUGCAGAGAGUCAUCCUAAGGAGGCUAGGGAUAGCAAUGGACCAAGUUUGAUUCAGCCUAACGAGGAGGUGAUCCCAUACAUAUUCAAACCUCCUAAGGCAAGGAGGAUUAGAUGUGCGACAAAUCCUUGUUUUGUCCGGAAUCCGUUACCUGAUGAAUCUGUUCUGUACAUGGAGGUAGGUGAAAUGAUAUGCAAUGUUCAACAAGAAGAGCAAACCGAUUGUGUCGACCUAGUUGUUGGAACACCAGGGAUAUGAGCGACAAAAGACCAAGGCAUAUGAUUAACAGUUUAGUAGUUGUAAAGCUCAAAUUUGUUAAGUGAGUUCAUUCUUUAUACUGUACUAAUAGCAUUUAGAUUGUAUCAUUGUAACAUUACACAGGAAUAAUCAAUUACAAGAUACACAAUGUAAUAAUACUAUUAAUGUCAUGAUUGUUGUUAAGA